AGUCACUAUAGGGGCAUUGAUUGAUUGGUAUUCAGAGGUGGGGAUAGUAGAGCUCUCCGCAAACAGUAGGGCUACUGUGGUGUACAAUAGAAUGGCUCUGCGUCGCGUGUUGUGAAGUGCUGACGUUGAAGCACGCUAGCAAUGUUCACUUGUUUACGAGCAAUCUCGCGGUGACCACGCUCGCCCUUCCACCCUUAAAAUCUCUGUCGGGUCUCUUUCUCCUUCAUCUCAACUACAUCUCUCUGCUCGAUCUCCUCUCAUCGAGCAGUUUCCCUACACACUUCCCAAUUACUUCAAUCAACGUUUCUUACUCCCACUCUGACUUGCUAUUCAACUGUAACCAUGUCUGUCACUCCUAUGGAAUCCUUUGUUCGUAGUAGUGCGCCCUCCGGUGACCUCAGCGAAGCAGUUGAUGGCCAGGGACAGUCACUGUCUCGGAACACCAGCUUUGUCGGGACUCCUGGUAGUGGCUACUUUGGUCAUAUGUCCAACGUGUCUACUCUCAACGCAAUGUUUCCCAAGAAGGAUUUCUUCGAUCCAGCUAGGAACGCCUUCAUGAAGACUGACAGUCGUCGAACCAGCAAUGAGACCAAGCAAAGCCAGGUCUUCACGUCGUCUUCAUCUCUUUCGUCUUGCUCGUCAGACAAUGACAGUGCUGUGUUCAACACUGGCUUGAAACGCUCUGAGUCAUCCACAAUGGAUGAUAAACUCUCCAGCGGUGUCCAGUUCCUAGGAUCGUCUCCUCAGGAGAAGGCCAAAGCAAAGACUCUCAAUGUGCCUCAGACGUCUACCACUAGACGCACCCGCAACGCCACUGCUGUCGCCUCGCAAAAAGCCAGGGAUUCUUCCGCAGCGAUGAUGGAGCGUAUCUUCGCGUACUACAACAAAAUGACUCACGAUCAGAAAGUGGCCUCGUGUGAUUACAUGAGGCGUCAGGUCGAGGAUACUCAAGCACCGAAGGACAGCAAGCCACAUGAACAGACUGUGAAAUCUUAUGGAAGUAUGCGCAAGACUGGCUAUUCGGAAGCUGACGCAAGUGAUGCUGAGUCCGAUGUUUCUGAGUACGAUCAGACUCCAGCUACGGGUAGCAAAAGGCAGCUCGCUCUUAAGGUCAGCAGGUCUUCAAAAAGACAGCAGAGAAUUGCCAAUUCUUCCGAAACAUCGUCCGAGGAGCAGUCCCAUGUCAAGGAUGAGGAUUUCGAGGAGACAAAGUCUCGUCUUCCAAAGUCCAAGCGAGCCCAAACAGACCGUACCCAUUCUCAGGCCAUUCAGGAUACUAAGCAUCUCUUCAUGAAGCCCCAGGAUGCUGGCUUGCCCUCUUACACCCCUGUCGGUAGCAUCACCGACCGCUACCCAAACCCCUCUACCGACACCACGCAGUUCUACACUGGACGCUAUCACGACACUGACAAGGGCGUCAGAGUCGAUCAGCAAGCGAAGUUGGUCAUGAAGAUUCCUCAUCCUGAUCCAAACAAGGAAUCAAAGAUCAUCUGGCACCACGUUCCCCGAAACUGGCAAGAUCCUCACACCAUCACUGUCCUCAACCGCUGGCGUUCCCAGGCCAUCAAGCGCCACACCGGCAUGAAGCAGCGCCAGAAAAUUGUCCGUUACGAUUAUGCGGAGCGUGAGUUUAUCCGGGACGUUGUCCUCAAUGACAAAGACUUCAAGGACGCCUCCACCAAGGAGCGUCCCAAUGUCCUCACUAAUAAGCUCAAUGCGAAGUUCUUUGGCGUCAGCUUGACCGGCCCUGAGCUUGAUGCAUACCGCCAGGCUACCACUGAUGAGCAGCGUGCUCGUAUCAAGCCCAGCAAGAAGCGUGCACUCCGCACCAAAGCUUCUGUCGCGUCUGAGUACAGCCGUCACAUUGAUGACUAUGCCAGUGGUCGUAUCCCUGAGCGCAGACUCACAGGUUGGAACAUUGACAACCAGUCUGAGGAUGAGGAUGUCGACAUGGAAGAUAGCAAGGUCGCCGUCAAGGACAAUGAUGAAGUUGAAGAAGAUGAUGUCAACAAGGACGACGAAGCCGACAAUGCCGUCAAGGAAGAUGAUGAAGCCAAUGACUCUCUUGUUAGCGGUAGUCUUCUCCUCACCGACACAAAGGAUACCGGUCCUAUCAACAGCUUUGUAGCCAUCAACGCCAACGCUGCUGGGCCCCAGAAGAUUGAGAGCGAGGACGAUGAGGAGCUCUGAAUACUUGACGGCAGGGAAGUCCAACUGUGAACAUUAUUACUGACAAGCGAUUGGCAAUGAACGCCAUACUACCUGUUACCUACGCGAUUGGCAAUGCGCGCCAUACCCACCACCCUCUACGCGAUUGGCAAUGCGAGCCAUACCAAACACAUUCUACGCGAUUGGCAAUGCGAGCCAUAACCACCACCUUCUACGCGAUUGGCAAUGCGUGUCAUACUCACCACU